AUGACGGACUCUACCAAAUACCUGCAAGCCCUAGAAGAGUUUAUCGUUCUAGGAAAGUCAGCUCCAGGUGCUGCUGCUGUCGCGAACAUACAGAAGUGUAUAUCGUCGCCGAACUGCUUCGUCUUUGCAGAAUUGUUAGAGCUGCCGAACGUACGAGCUCUUCAAAACGACCCAGAUCAUGCAAAAUGGCUUGAAGCUUUGAAACUAUUUGCAUAUGGCAGUUAUAUGGACUACAAGCACCAACAGACAACAUCACCAAACUCGCUGCCAGACCUCUCCCCGCCUCAGCUUACGAAACUCAAACAACUCUCCUUGAUCACUAUCGCCUCGACGGAACCCCACAAGCUUACCUAUCCUUCCCUACAAUCCCUCCUCGAUAUCCCAAACACCCGUCUUCUUGAAGACCUUAUCAUCUCUGCAAUCUAUGCCUCGCUCUUAGAUGCCAAACUUGACACUGCAAAUCAGCGCGUCGAAGUUUCGUCUACCGCUGGUCGUGAUGUUGCUCCUGGUGAUAUUACAAACAUGAUUGCGGCACUAGAAUCAUGGUCAUCUAGCUGCUCGUCGGUUCUUACGGAAAUCGAAGCACAAAUCGCCAGUAUUCAAGCUUCGGCGGUCACACAGCGCAAGGAACAGCUUGCUUAUGAAAAAGCAGUAGAUGAUAAACGGAAAACAGCAGAAAAGGAUGGAAGUAAAGGGAAAAGAGUUAUUGACCACGAUGGUUUAGGAUUGGGACCGGGGGAAGAUGAGAUGGAUCUCGAUGACGGACCAUUCGAUGACCAAGGCGGAGCAAGGAAGACCAGGAAGGGCGGUAACAGAAUGUUUAGCAGAAAGAGGUGA